AUGGGUUCGGAAUUGCCGUGCAAUUCCGAGUGCGUUGUCGAUGCGCUCAUAAUCGGCGCUGGCCUGAGCGGUCUAAGAGCGGCUGUCGAGCUGCACAAGGCAGGCUUGAAAGUCGCUGUUCUCGAACGGAAGAACCAUAUCGGUGGCUUGUGUCACGCAGCUACCAUCCAUGAUACGGCCAGGAUCACGUCCAUUGGCGACAUCCACACCGAGAUGCUCUCUCUGGCCAAGGACUUCAACAUCGACCUCGUCAAGCAGCACAGGAAGGGACUAGACCUCCAACAGCGGUACGACUGGAUCCAAGACCGCCCCCGGAUUACCGAGCAUAUCCGCGCGCUUGAAAAAUCCGUCUGGCCGCCUGAAGGUUCUGAACUUGCCUUCAGGUCAUUGAUCAAAGACCCAGCAAUCCAAAGAUUCUACCGCCGCAUCUCCCAUCUCUCCGAAACCUGGCACGGCCCCGACGUCUUAUUCCUGGACGCCGUCUCCUUCCUCCAGCUCGUGGAAGCUAAUUUCUUCCACAGCAAGGUGGUCGCCCACGAAGCCCACUUCCUCACCAACUUUCUCCUUGGCGUUAACCCAGCCCGCGUCUCAGCUCUUUACGUCCUCGACCACAUUGCCGCCUGUGGCGGACUCGCCAACCUAUACUUCCACCCCGAUUCCCCUGGCGGCGGUGCAAACCAUUUCCGCGUCCCGCAGGGGCCGCAAGCCUUCGUAACCAACCUCGCUGACCUUCUUCCCAAAGAAACCAUCCAUCUUUCCGCCCUCGUCGAGAAAAUCACCCAAACCAACCUACCCGACACCGCGGACGGCCACGACGACAGCUCCUCUCACCCAUGCACAAUCGAAGCCACGUUUAACCCCAGCAGCAGCAGCAGCAGCAGCAGCAGCACCACCACCAGGACUUUCCACGCCAAAAAAGUCCUCCUCACCACAACCCCGGCCUUCUACGCCCACAUAUACGCUCACUGCCCCGGAAACAUAAAGUUCCACCCCGCUCUUCCUCCCCAAAAACACGCCUCCGUAAACCGCCAUAGCGACUACCACGGGGACUUCGCCACCGUAACGUUUUACUUCACCCAGCCAUGGUGGCGCGAAGCGGGUCUAUCGGGGUCACUGGACUGUCGCGUUAUGAAUGAGCUAGACGGGCCAAUCUCCUGGGUGCGGGACACGAGCGAGGAAGAUGCCGACGCCGAACAAAAAAAGGUGUGGAGUUUAACCUGCUGGUGCGCAGCAGAGAAGAGUAACGAGGUCUGGGAUUGGAUUAGCAGUAGUUAUGCGGUGGAUGAUGACUCGGCGGAGUUGCAGAAGGAGAACUGGGCCGAAAAUCCGGAUUCCGGCGCCGAGGGGGGACCUGUUCCUGGUAGUACGGAGGAGGAGGAGAAGGAGAAGGAGAAAGGGGAUCCGAAUGACCAGCACCUUGCAUUCACGGUUAGAACAUGGAAUAGGUUAGGCGUUCCGGCGCCGAGGGAACUGCCCAAGGCUGGGAAAGAGAUGGAGGAGGUGUUGAGGACGUGGAAGUAUGAAGGGCCGGGAAAGGGGGAUGCGGUGAUGAGAGAGUCGUUUGGCAAUGUGCAUUUUGCGGGCACGGAGAUUGCGGAGGAGUGGAGGGGUUUCAUGGAGGGAGCGGCGAGGAGUGGAGUGAGGGGCGCGAAGGAAAUUAUUGAGGCGUUGAAGAAGGGGAAGAACCAGGAAUGGAAGGGUGGGGAGGGAGAGGAGAAAGGAGUUAAGGCGCAUCUUUAA